CCUCCUGCUCGCGCUUUCAUUCGCCUCGUUCCCUCCGCCUCUCUUUCCCGCCGUUGGCACAGCACGCGCCUCCGGCUCCCCGCGCCACACGGAGCCCGCGCCCCUCGCGGAGCGCCCCCUGGCGGAAGGGUCCUGGGAGGGGGAGGGGCCUCGCGACGAGCUCUGACGAGCGUUUUAGAAAACGAAACUCAGAAAUUUCCCUGGGAUUUCCGUGCGAAGCACGACGUAGUUCGGACGAGAUCGGCAGAGUGUGUCGCGAGCCGCAGGCCGAAGGAGUCCUUCUCACUCGCAGCAGGAAUGGCGGUGCAGCGGACCCUCUUCAUUCCUUGGCUGAUCGAACAGAUUGACAGUGGACGUUUUCCCGGGGUGAACUGGACCAACGAGGAAAAGACUAAGUUCUGUAUUCCAUGGAAACACGGUCUGAGACAGGACUCUUCCAGCUACGAUGUUCUCAUUUUCAAGGCCUGGGCUGUGAAGAGUGGCCUGUACGUGGAGGGUGAGAUGCCUGCUGACCCCUCUAUGUGGAAGAGGAACUUCCGGAGUGCACUCAGAGCCAAAGGUUUCAAGCUGGUCGUGGACAACAGGAAUGAUGCUGCGAACCCUCACAAGGUUUUUUUGCUGCCUAAUGGAGAGGGUCAGCAGGGCGCAGAACGAGCCCGGCGGCGGUCCAGAAGAGAAGUGAGGGAGGACGUCAGUGUUAGCAGCACCGGGACCAUAGGGUCCCAGGAACUUAAUGGGUACCAAAGUCCAACUGAUCUCCAGCAUCCUUCGGUAGACUUCGUACAACAGAACCCAACUUUUCAAGUGCAGCCAUUUCUUCCUUCCGUCCUGUCGACUCCACAGCACUACUCUGCAGUAGACGUGUCACCUCAUUUGGCUCCUGAGCCAGGAAUAGAUCAAGAUCCAUUAAAUGCACUUCUGGGGUUGACUAUUGGUGAUGUCAAUCAAGAAACACAAGUGCCGGUUGUACUGGAGAUGUAUCACGCAGAUGGUGCUGCAGGCAUGGAUGCUGAAAUGCAUCAACUUGCCGAGUUAAAGGAGAAGAUGAAUGAGACCAUGGUGGACAAUGUCCUGAGUACUAAUUUUAGGGUGUCUGUCUACUACAGAGGAGUGAAGGUUCGGGAACAGCUGGUGGAGAGCAGUGCGGGGUUCAGGGUGGUAUUCAGAUCGGAGCAGGUUCAGCCCUUUACCCCGCCCGCCCAGUAUGACCCCACUCUGACACUUGUCAGAUUGCCUGGUCUGGAUCAAGUCAACAUCGUUGACCAGAUGCAGGCCCAGCUGACUGGACGCAUCUUGGACAAGCUGGGGGAUGGGCUGGAAGUGCGGGUGGAAGGCUCUGUGAUCUACGGGCUGCGCCGGGGCGACACACACAUCUACUGGAGCCUGUGCAAGCAUGAGAGGAGCGACACGCCCCGGGAGGUUGGCAAAUACGGGGACCAGCUGUACAAGCUGAAGGACUUUGUUGCAGGCCUCGUGGAGUUCAUUAAGCAAGGAAAAGGUGAAGCACCUUCAUUUUCUCUCUUCUUCUGCCUGGGUGAAAAAUGGCCAGAUCAACGACCCUGGGAGAAGAAACUUAUCAUGGUUGAGGUGGUCCUUAGUUCCCUGGAAGCCUUGAAGAUGAUUGCAGUGGAUGGUGGCGCCUCCUCUCUGCGGUCAGUGGAAUUGCAGCUAUCUGACCCUCCCAGCUUAGUGGACACUUUGAUGGAAUGGAUGGACACCUACUGAGGGGCAAAUGGGACGGCGAGGCUCUUCUCUGCCUCCGGGGUUCCAGUUAUUUAAAGUGUGAUGUAAAUGGCCACAAAAGGCCCUUUUAAUUGUGCAACAUGAUAUUUCCUUGAUAUUCUGUCUGCUCAGAGAGUAGUGUAUUAGCUACUAGAGCAGGAAUUGUAGUAAUAAUAGGUCUAAUAGGUUCUACCAUACUCAGGAAGUGUGUUCGUGUUCUGGAACAUGCCGAGGUCCUGGCCAGUAUUCCAAGCAGCAUGGCAAGUGCUUUCCUUUCGUACGUUUUUAUCCUCCAGUGCCCUCAAGCAGCAACAUCUGUGUGCCGUGAGAUGAACAGAUGCUGAAACAUAUUUGCACAUUUGGUCCCGUUCCUUGUGUGGGGUUAAUUACCCAGCAGUUAUCCUUACACUUUCCAAACAUAAACAUUUCAACAUGUUUACAGUAGAUUCAGACCAGGAAUCACCAGGUUUUGGGUUCUUAAUUUUUUUUUUUAAAGUUUAAUUAGAAUUUUAAAA